AUGGCGGCGCCAUCAGACGGCACCGGCCACUCCUUGCUCCCUCGCGACAAGCCCAAGUUGAAUCAAUACCGCACCAUGGAUGACUGCCUCCACGACAGAAACAUUCUCUACCACGCGGCUCCGAGUACCGGCAAUUGCUACGAUCUCGACGGCAAGACCGGUGCCUUCUUUUACAACACCGCAGGCUUCCUGCUGAGUCGUGCCAACAAGGACAUUGGAUGUGCUGGGGAUUGGAUCGGCCUUCGUGGCGGGCGAUGCAUGGAAAAGGGCCCGUAUAGGUCUGUUGUGAUGAGGUGA